CUCUCUAGGAACAACCGUGCAUGACCAUAGAUAAAUUCUGCACACGAAAUUCUUCCUGUGCAGACGAGGACGGGAAUCCCCUAAGUGCACUGUCUCAUGCCUGCUCACAAGAAGAAUUUCGUUUCCAUUUUUUCCCGCGGGAGAAAAUCUUAGGGAUGUUACAUCUCGUUAAUUUUGUUUUUCUUUUGUAGUAAGUAAACCUAACGAGAAAUAAAUGUCUUCUCAAAAAGAAAAAACGAGAAAUAAAGGAAUAAAAAAAUUUAAACUUUGUUACGCAGACUUGUGUUAGGUUCGCACGUGCCAAUUAACGACCAGAGAAAAAUCUCUCACUAACUUUCGACGAAGAAGAAAGAUACGGAUGUUUGGUUGCAGGUGUAUCUUCUUCUCCGGAUAACUCUUUGUUUCCCGAGAAAAUGCCAAAUCAAAGUAUCUGAUUGCUGGUUCAAGUAGAAAUAAGUAAAGCAUUCGGUUGCUGUCACUGAUUGAAAUGAACAUUGCAGAGCGGUUGGAUUGCUCAAAUUUGUGAAUUCAUCAAAGCUCCCCAAUUACUUUCAGGGAAACGUUUCUUAUCAUAGUUUGAGCUUUAACAAGAAGAUGAGUGGGCCAAAACUUCGGUUAGACUUAAUUGAUAGGAACAAAAAACAAAAGACAGUUACUCAUCUUUGGAGACCAGUCUCUACUCAAUCCAAUUCUGUUCAAGAGUCAGCAGACGUAUGCAGUAGUGUAUCAAGCUCCAUCUCAAAUUCUCAACAGGAAGCAAUAACUGAAGUGACUGACAAAACUAUCAGUUCAAGCAGCCUGGGUGAUAAUGUUCAAGGUAGAGCUUUAAACGAAGAGUCUAUGCUUUCUGUGGAAAAGCAUUCACUUACAAUUCAGGUAGAUGCUUCUCUAAUUCGGUUUAUCAAAGGAAAACGUGGGUCCACACAACAAAAAAUUGAAGAGGAGAUGGGGGUUAAGGUUAUAAUUCCAUCAUCAAAGAAGGAGGAAACCACUAUCAUUGAAGGCUCUUCAAUUGAUAGUGUAACUAGAGCUUCAGAAAAGAUACAGGCCAUUAUAGAUGAGGCGGUUAAGAGCCCAAGUCUCGACUACUCUCACUUCAUAUCUCUUCCAUUAGCUAUACACCCAGAAUUGGUUGAUAAGCUAUUCAAUUUUCAGAACACCAUACUGGGAGAAGCAGAUGCUUCCCUGGUUCAAACCAUGGAGAGUGAUUCUAAUGAAGAUACUUCUGACGAUGAAAAUAAGGACCAACAAUCAAGUAAAGAAAAUGGUGUUGCAGUUGAGCUAAAGGUUGAAGACGACAGACAUGUUAAAGUGGAUCUAACUAGUAUACCUCUUGUUAGUUAUGCACCUAAAGCAUCAAAAUCACCUACUUUAUCUGGCUUGGGAAUUGACAGAUCCAUAUUUAUCAAGCCCAAAACAUUUCACUUAACAGUGCUCAUGUUGAAGCUUUGGAAUAAGGAGCGAAUUAAUGCAGCAUCAGAGGUUCUGAAGAGUGUAUCCUUGAAAGUGAUGGACGCCUUGGAUAAUCGACCUCUCUCUGUCAGACUCAAGGGGCUGGACUGCAUGAGAGGAUCUAUGGCAAAAGCUCGUGUUCUUUAUGCCACUGUGGAAGAAAUUGGAAACGAGGGCAGACUUUUACGGGCUUGUCAGGUCAUUAUUGAUGCAUUUGUUGGGGCUGGACUUGUCCUAGAGAAAGAUGCUAAACAAAAGUUAAAGUUGCAUGCCACGGUGAUGAACUCAAGGCAUAGAAAAGGGAAAAUGAGGAAAAACAAAUACGAUUCCUUUGACGCACGAGGCAUUUUCAAGCAGUUUGGAUCUGAGGAAUGGGGGGAGUAUCCUAUUCGUGAAGCGCACCUUUCCCAACGUUUUGUGUUUGAUGAGAAUGGAUAUUAUCAUUGCUGUGCUUCAAUCCCUUUUCCUGAAAGCAUGCAAGCAGAUUGAUUUACAAUCUUGGAAUGACAAUCUAACUUUGAUCCCAGUAGGAAACUAGAAACAUUACAUAAAUGAAACUUGUAUAUGUUUGUGUUGCAUGUUAGAUCGUUUUGAGACUUGAGCUUCCUUGCUGUCUCAUUGCGUUAUCAAUUGAAGAAGUGCAUCUUCAUUUUUGAGUUCUUCAGUCCAUUUGAAUUGUCAGCUGAAGUUAAAGUUGGAACCUAGGAUUUGACAAUGUAGACAUUGUAGUAAACAAUGCAGUUUUUGUUAUGACAUGCAAUUAGCCUUCUUUCUUUA